ACAACUUGGUAUAUUAGUAAACAACAAAUUACUGGUAUACAGUACUAGUAAUACAGGUGUACAUGUGAAGAACACUAGGUAUUCACAAUACUAUAAGCUGGUUUAGGUUGGCCACCUUCCAUACAUACAAUGUACGUAGUAUCGUACAGAAUCAGAGGUUUUCAGUUAUAAAUUUUGUAAGGGGGAACACACUAAUCUAGGUCACUAUACCUGAUAUACCAAUCCUACUGCCUGACUGCAAACAUCGUUAUUGGCCAGGUGAGGGAAUUUAAUGAUGCGACAACCAAUAGAAAGAUGACAGUAAUUAUCGAGAGCCAGGAUUGAUGCUGUUGACACUAUAGCUACAUAUAUUACACAUGCGUAUCUGUUACAUUUCACGUGGUGGAUCAUUAUUUACCUGCAGUGAUGUCCCCUCCUGUUGAUGUCGCACAAUGGAAAACUUAACAGAUAGCAACAAUGCCAGGAUCAGCUAACAUGGAUGAACAUUAUAAACACUAUCCGACCAAUGUGGGCAUUAUUGCCAUUGAUGUCUACUUUCCGUCCCAAUAUGUUGACCAGGGAGAGUUAGAACUGUAUGAUGGCAUCUCCACAGGAAAGUACACCAUUGGUCUGGGACAGGACAAGAUGGGUUUCUGUACGGAUCGUGAGGACAUUAACUCGCUAUGUUUGACCGUUGUGGAGCGCUUGAUGCGCAAACUUGAGGGUCACAUAUCUUAUGAACAUAUUGGCCGCCUGGAAGUGGGGACAGAAACAAUUGUGGACAAAUCAAAGAGCGUGAAAUCUGUACUUAUGCAGUUGUUUGAGGAGUGUGAGAACACUGACAUGGAAGGAAUAGACACAACCAAUGCCUGCUAUGGUGGUACUGCGGCUCUCUUCAACGCCAUCAACUGGAUCGAGUCUAGUUCAUGGGACGGACGUUAUGCUCUUGUGGUUGCGGGUGAUAUAGCGGUCUACGCGACGGGAAACGCAAGAUGUACAGGAGGGGCGGGAGCCGUAGCAAUGAUCUUGGGUGAAUACGCCCCCUUGGUGUUUGACAGAUAUGCACGAGGAAUCCAUAUGCAGCAUGUCUAUGACUUCUAUAAGCCAGACCUGGCAUCAGAGUACCCAGUGGUGGACGGCAAGCUGUCCGUGCAGUGUUACCAACAUGCCCUGGACAUGUGCUACGAACGCUACUCUGGGAAGGCGAAGCAAGAAGGAUUCAAAGAGGGAAGCAGUUUGAUAGACAUGGCUGAUGGAGUCCUGUUCCACUCCCCCUACUGCAAGCUUGUCCAGAAAUCCUUUGCUAGGCUCAUGGCAAAUGAUUUUCUCAGCGACCCAAACCCAGAUUUUAAGGGUCGAUAUGCUGGCUUGGAAGCUUUCAGAGAUAUGCAACUAGACCAGUGCUACUUUGACAAAGAGGUAGAGAAGGCCUUCAUGACUGCAAGUAAACCUCUCUUUGAAGAAAAGACGCGGAAGUCCAUGUUGCUAGGCAACCAAGUUGGAAACAUGUAUACACCUUCCCUAUAUGGUGGAUUAGUUUCUCAUUUAGUGAGUCACACUGUUGAACAGCUGGCUGGUCAGAGAAUUGUCCUGUUCUCCUACGGGUCUGGAUUAGCGUCCUCCAUGUUUUCCUUGCGCAUCACUGAUGAUACUUCCCUCGGUUCUGGUCUGCAGACACUGUACUCCUGUCUUUUUGACGUCAAAUCUCGAUUGGAGAGCAGGCAGAAGAUUCCUCCGCAAGACUUUGAUCGCAUCAUGAAACUUAGAGAAGAUACCCAUAAUAAAGCUCCCUAUGUACCAGUAGGACCUACCGAUACCCUUUUCCCAGGGACGUGGUACCUAACAGGGAUUGACAGCAUGCACCGCCGAUCAUAUGCUACAGUACCACCACUGCCUACAUCUGUAGCAAACGGCCAUGCCACAUCAAGUGUUCAACCCACACCAGUGGACCUCUCCAGACAGAGAAAACGAAAGACGGAGGAUGAAACAGGAAGUAGCUCUGUAAAAAUGUCCUCGCCAAGUUUACCUGGUGAUUCCUCCCUGGUUCCUGAUGUGAUUGCCCCGUCUGCUAUUGUUGAGACAAAACAGUCCUCUGUGCUGGAAGCUUGUCAAUCAGGGGUAACGGCGAAAAUAUCACAAUCUUGACGUGGGCUUUCACUACAGCGGACAUUUUAUUAAUAUCUAAAAAAAAUUGUACUUUAAAAACAUCACCUCUGUAUAUUGAUGCCCCUUGCCAGAUCACUCAAUUGGUGAUCCUAUUAAAUGUCAUUUGUCAGUAAAAGCUUACAUAAACUGUAUGGAUAUAUUUUGUUAACUCAUUUACCCCUGAAAUUUCAUAAUGAACUAUUCCAACCUUUGAAUUGGAAGAGAAAAAAUGUGUCUUCAGGGGUGAAUGAGUUAAUUCACAGAGCUUCUAAAGGAACAUUGUUAGCUUUUAUCAACAGUAAGUUCAUGCCCAGUAAUAAAGCAAUCCCCUUGUACAUAACGGGUGUUGUAUAGGAAAAUUGUGUUUUGAUUUUAAGUCCAUCCUUUCUGCAUUUUAAGUCAAAUUUGAGAUUAUUAAAGCAGUGUACAUUUUACUGAAGGAAAUUUACUGUUGUGGAAAAGCACUUUUCUAUCUUCGCAUUCACAGUAUAAAACAAAUGUCUGGAAUAAGAUCGUUUUCGAUGUAUUAAACGACUAGAAAUUGUAAAAGUUUUAAAAUAUGGUAAUUAUUAUGGUAUUAAAGUGUUCACUAGGAGCUAAAAAAAAUCUGUUCAUGACUAAAAGUGUGUAGAAUAUUAUUGAGCGAUUUUCUGUAUGAUCCUACUGAACUCAUUCACCCCUGAAGUUUCAUAAUGAACUAUUCCAACCUUUGAAUUGGAAGGGUUCAAAUGUGUCUUCAGUGGUGAAUGAGUUCCUUGGAUUGAUAAACUGGUGAAAGGAUUGUAGCAUGUUAGUGUAAGGAUGGAGUUGGGGUAAUUCUACAUAUGACAAAGUGUGUGUAGUGUGGCUGCUAGUCAGUUACCCAUAGUAGGCAUACAUUUCCUACUGUUCCUUUAUGUAUUAGCAACUAUUAUAUUUCAUAUUUUAGUCAAUGUUCCAGUUAACCAAAUCUUACAUAAUCAUGAAAUUCCUACUGGUAGACACUAGUAACAAUGCAUGUUUUUAGGAAGAUAAUCUUGUGAAUAAUCCUAUUUGUUCAAAGUCUGCUUAGUGUAAUAAUGAGAUAUAACCUGUUUAUCUGGCUUUGAACAAAUGGGCCAUCAAAUUUUCACUUUUUCCCCCCCAUAGGAAUUGUAAAUGUAAUGCAUUGUAACAUGAAUUAAUAUGAAUUGUUAUAUGCUAAUAUUCUGACUAUGACUAUGAUGAAUCAAGAAUAUGUAUGAUUUACUUUCUACAUACCGGUAUUUCCUAAACAUUUAUAUUUGGAGUUACAAGCUUAAAAUGUACGUGUGUCAUGUUAAUUAUUUUCAGGAAAUAUAUUUUGUGAUAUGUUAUUAGUUUCUAAAUACUAGCUAGGUUAUUAUUAGCUAAUUUACACAAAGCUUUACCAUUAGGUGUUUUAGGAUGAUAUAGGAUGCUUUUGAAGAUGGCUACUCUGCAUAUCUCUCUUCCAGUAGUUAAACUCUCUGUGAUCAGCCUACCUUAUUGUCUGAUAUGAGAGGGGACUCAAGCAAUUUCAUUGUUCCCUAGUUUUAAUGUUGCCCGAGAACAUGAUGGAGACGAUGACCCUGCAAUACUUUGCCUUGUUUGAUAGUUAUAUUCAACUUUAUGUGUUAAAGAUAGGUUCGUGCUGAUAAUAGAGCUUAAAAAUUUCUGAAAAUCAGUGUCAUCAUUGACAAUCCAGAGGUGUUUUUUAACUUAACCCAAUGCUUGUUUAUAACCUGUCAGAAGGAUGUCUGAAAUGUAUCAAGUACCUGUUGGUAAAAGUAAAACUUAUAAAAAUGUACACAAUCAGCUUGAAAGGUCAAUGACUUAACACCAUGACACUCAUCACCUAGCAAGAGAUUGAAAAGUGACAAGCAUUUAUUGAAUCACUGUAGUGUUUGUUUUCAAUGUAUAAAGCUUGCACACCACUGGCUAAUCACAGUGGUUUACAGAAAUUUAUGUAUUUAAUUUUUGUAUCACAAAUUGAAUGAAUUCCAAAUCUUUAUCCACGUAGAUAGCAUUGUGUACACAAAAUCUUUGUAGAUUUUUACUGUAGGUUUUUUCAUCAUAGAUAAUAUUAUAUUAAGUUUAAUAUAUGAUUUUUUAUAUAUUUACCAGAAGAAAAUGUUUUCAUAGGGCUGUGAAUGCAAUGGGAUCAGUAUCAAUUUGAUGCUCGAGACCAUUAUAAGUUACAAACAUUUAGGUGAUGUUCCAUUAUACCAGGAUUAUCAUUUGCACUCAAAAAACAGACACUUCAAUACCGCAAAUAUUAAGGAGUACUAAUAAGAUCACUAAUAACUCUCUAAACUUAGAAUGUGAACGUUUGUCUUGAUAUUCAUGCUUGUAUGAAAACUAGUCAGCUACAUGAGUAUUUACAACAAAAUGAACCAAUGGAAUAAAUAUGUACCUAUUAACAUGCACCAUAGAAUAUGUUUGCCAACUGCAUUCAUACUACCGUAUACGCCGUCAAAAUGAAGGUCAAUCCUUAAAUGAAUGUUUGAGAUAAUGCUGUUCAUUCCGUAUGUAUGAGAGAUGGUCGUUUUAUAUGUUUACUGUAGAUUGUAUCAUUAUAGAAUUCUAUUAGUUUAACUCUGACCUGCGAGAAACGUUUUGAUACAUGAGAUUUAUGUCUUGUAAAUAAAUUCAAGUUAUUAUUUUAUCGAUUAACAGAGCCUGAUUUCUUUUGAUAACAAAAGUACUGUACUGUAUGAAAUAACUGAGCAUUCUUGUGCAUUUAUUUUCAGCUUGAUAAAAACUUCGGAAUUGAAUUAGUAUUACAGUACAUUAUUAUAUAUAUAUGUACAACCUUUGGUAUUAUAGAUUUUUACUUUAUGCAGAAUGAAAUAUUGAAUGCCAAAAGCAAAAAUAACGAGUUUUAAACACAAGUGUAUUUUUUACAUGGUGGCAGUUUCAAAUCCAGAAGAAAUUGUCUUAAAAGGUCAGAUGUAAAAAUAACCUUCUGGUACAGAAAUAUAAGGGUUUACAUAUCUUUAUAACUUGCCAUUUUAUUUAGUUUUAAUGAUUAUUAUAUAUAUCAUGGUGCUCAUCAUUAUCCAUCUGUUUGUAUAUCACUUUUUGAAGAUUUUGUUUUUUUGAUUCCCUUUAUGUAUGUAUGGUGUUUAAUGCUAUGUUUUUCAAAUUUAUAUUUAUAUAUGCUCGUAAUUCUCCUUAAAAUAUUUUGCAGAUUUAUGCUGAUUUUAGAUAAAAAGGACAUAAUGAUAUGAUAAUCUGACUUCAAAAAUUGCCAAGUGAAAUUGGGCUUUUAAAAUUAAACAUUUAUACCGGUAUAUUUGUGUUCAUAUCUUAAUAGAUUUAAGAGUCCAGGGUAUUACUUACAGGGUACAACUCUCUGUCUGAAAAAUCAUAUAUAUAUAUAUACCAGGGUGUAUUAAGCUUUACAUUCUGAACACAAUUACUAGCCUUGUAGCAAGUGAUAUGUCAUUUUUGAUACAGUAUCUGUCUGUAAAAAGACAAAUGUAUAGGUGUAGGAGUUUUUCAGGUUUAUACCUAAACCAGUUUCUUGUUUUAGGUUUAUGCAUUCUUAGCAAGCUUUGAAAUAGCCCAAUGCAGUUAGUAUCAGAUAUAUUCUGGUAACUUUAUAUAAAUUUAUGAUGGUAAUCCUAUUAAAAUGUGAUUUUUAUUACACAUACAUAUUGUAUAUCAAUGUGAUGUAUGGAGAUAGUUGUGUUGUAAAUAGAGAUUAUUAUGCUUCCAUUAGUUUUAUCAUUGCAAGCAACAAAGUAUCUCUAAACCUGUACAAAAAUCUCUUAGUAUUGAAAUAUUUGGAAAUAAUUAAAAAAAAAGUAAAAGUAUAAAAUUCAUGAAAAUAAGUUCCAGAUCCUUCCCUAUGUUGGCAAAAGAACUGGGAAGUGUUACUAAAUAUAAAAGUACCUGCGGUAACAUUCUUGCUGUUACAGUGGCUAGGUGACCGUAUCUAGCCAUCUUACGAUCAGGAAUCCCCAGGGUUGUACCGAGAAGGUUUUAGGAAGCCAAACAUCACUGUUUAGAAGGUGGUUUAUGAAAUGUGUCUGCCUGUGAUUCUGUUUAAUUGCUGGUUAAAAGAUAUGUAUAGUCCUUGUUAGGCCUGUUUGUGAAAAGUGUGGAAUACAUGAAAAAUAAACUGUGAACUUCUUUGCCCAUGUGGCGAAACCAUAAUAUUGUUAGUAGUGUCGCCAUGUAAUCAAUUUGUAAAAAGGAAAAAAAAUAUACUGUAUUGGUAUGAAGUACAGAGGCAGAAAAAGACUACUAGGAUAAAGAAGAGCACAAAUGGAGAGAGAGAUAAUUUGAGAGAUAUAAAAAAAAAGAUCGGAGAAUAUACAAGGAAAAGGUAUAUGAUAGAAUCCGCUCUGAACGGAGAUGUAAAGAGAGUUUUAUAAACCAAAAGUUUUUUCUCUUACCAUAUUAUACACAUGUAAAUGUAAAGCCAAAUGGGUUUCGCUUGUAAUACCUCACCUUCUAUCAUAUGCUUGUUUGUUUGUUUGUCUUUUCCUUUUUCUGUGAGAAAAGGAGUGCUUUUGUGUGUGAUUAUGGUAUGUGCAUGUAAUAUUUAACGGAGAAGUAAAUAUGACACAAAUCGUGAUAAAAAAUAAACUGAUUUAAACUUA